AUGAUGAAUAUUUAUGCCAAAGGAAGGGCGCUAUCUAUCUGGAAGCGGGCCUCGAGCUUCAGGAAUGUGACCAGGAAGUUCCAGGUGGCAUCAGUGGUCUUAAAGCAGGGGAACGGCUCAAACGACCCCACAUCUGUUGAGGAUCUUGCUACAAGACCGGAUGCCAAUGCAACGACAUCUACAGAUUACUAUGAGUAUAGCCGAGUGGUCAAAGACGCUGCCCGUGACUUCAAAGCAACUUGGUUAAAUGCGUUGGCUGAACGGAAAGCUCAAUUGGCGCAAGGCAAAGUCAUUGAUUCGUAUGUUUAUAGCCAUAUCAAAUCAACAGACGUUAUUGAUAAAACUACGAAGGACUCAUUCGCGUAUGUCGUUUUGCCCUUUAGAGAUGACCCUGUUGUCGCUGAUUUUUACGUCAAUGCAGCUGGUAGACUGAGAAUGGGACAAUUGUUCCAAGACUUGGAUUCUUUAGCUGGAAAGAUCGCUUACAAGCAUGCUGCCCCUGUUGAACCAAUGAUCGUGACUGCAUCCGUCGACCGUAUUUAUCUCCUCAAGCCGUUAGACACUAUUGCGGACUUCAAUAUAAUCCUGUCUGGUUCUGUUAUUUAUACAGGUAGAUCCUCCAUGGAGAUUACGAUCACUGCAAGGGCUUUGCCUGGAGACAUACCAAAGGAAAUUUCAGGGGAUAACUUGUCUGAUGAUGACAUUUUUUUGACGGCAUCUUUUACGUUUGUUGCGAGGAACCCUGAGACUCAUAAAUCCUUGGCCAUCAACAGAUUCCUCCCUCUUACAGAAAAGGAAUGGAUGGAGUUUAAACGGGCAGAAUCACGGAUGGCAUCAAAGAAGUUGAAAUCUAGAAAUAUGGACUUGGAAAAAAAUCCACCUACAAACGAAGAGUCGGUAUUAGUUCAUAGUUUAUGGUCAGCUUCAAAAGAAUUGGCAGGCUUGAAAAAUAAGCCCACAAAUAUAGUAUUCAUGAAGGAUACCAAUGUCAAAUCCACGAUGUUUAUGCAGCCGCAGUACAGAAAUAGACAUUCUUAUAUGAUUUUUGGUGGAUACCUGAUGAGACAGACUUUUGAACUGGCAUACUGUUGUGCUGCAUCAUUUUCACAUGCCCUACCAAGAUUCGUCUCCUUAGAUUCUUUGACAUUUAACACACCAGUUCCUGUUGGAUCUGUUCUGCACAUGGAUGCUACGGUUGUAUAUACUGAGCACCUUCACGAAGAUUCAUCCAAGCCGAAAGUCCUUUCUGUUUCAGACAGUGCAAUUGAUGGCAACACCAUAUUUCACUUUCAACCAACUCCGGUAAACAAUCUCUCUCUUCAUGAGAAUGAUUUCCUUUCAAAGCCGGGAACUCUCAUUCAAAUCAAAGUUGAUACUAUGGUUCAGGAAUUGGCUUCCGAAAAACUUCAAAAAAGUGGCUCCUUUAUAUAUUCUUUCUUUGCUCCAAGAGAUUUAGACGAUGAACAACUUGGUUCACCGGGCUAUGCCACUGUGGUUCCUGAAUCAUACUCGGAGAUGAUAGAAUAUAUACAAGGAAGAAGGAGAGCCACCGAAACAGCUUUAUAUGCGAAAUCUAUCAAGGAGAAUAGCGAAAAGUAG